AUGGUGGAAAUAUCCAGUCAUAGACUUGGAUGGGGUCGUAAUAAACCACAUGCCAAGCGAAAGCAAAGAUUUCAAAGUGCUGAAUGUGAAGAUUUCAAGAAUUAUAGGAGAACAUUCCACAAAGAUUACGAAAUUUCUGAAGAUUGUAAUGGUGAAGAUGAUAUGAGAGCUGAAUUCUUUAAAGAAAACAAAAUAACAGUGGAAAAUCACAAUCAACGAUUCACGAGAGGCGAAGAAACUUUCUACAUGUCAAUAUCGGACAAUGCUGAUUUAAGUUUUGAAGAAGCUAUCGAAUUGAGAAUGGGAUUGAAACUUCCACCAAGUGCUCGAAGCCUUCCAGUUGAACCAGCAGUUCCUUAUGUUCCAAAUAAUGUUCCGGCAUCAGUUGAUUGGCGUGAUGGAACUGGAUUUCAACCAAUUAAAGAUCAGGGAGAUUGUGGUUCAUGUUGGGCAUUUGCUGUUGUUUCAUGCUUGGAAUUUCUCGUUCUGAGACAAGGUGUAAGCAUUUCUUUGUCGGAACAGAACUUGGUUGAUUGUAGCACUGCUGAUCAUGGAUGUUCAGGUGGUUGGCCAACAAAUUCAUUCAAAUAUGUAAAGCAGAAUGGAAUAGCAACUUCAAGUUACGUUUAUGCAGAAGCUGAACGAACAUGUCGUAAAGAAAGUUUUCCUCCAAAAGUAAGAAUUGGAAAUUAUUGCGAAGAAAGACUUGGAGGAAAUGAAGCUCGAUUGAUGGAGCUUACCGCUAAAUAUGGUCCGAUUGUUGUAGCUGUAGAGGCAACAAAAAACUUCAUUUUAUAUGGUGGUGGAGUUUUCAGUGACAGUACUUGCGGUACGGGGAUUGAUCAUGCAGUUGUUGUUGUUGGGUAUGGAACUGAUGAUAAAUAUGGCAAUUAUUGGUUAAUUCGUAACUCGUGGGGCGAGUAG